GAAGAUCAAGACUAAUGUCGUGAAGCGGUAAGUGAUCCGAAGACACCGAGGACAUAGAUCUCACGUUCUGUGUGGACCUUCGGAGUCUCUUUUUUACAUAGAACCUGUUUACGACGCUGAUGUUUCACCUUUUUAUAUUUUCACGGGGAUCAGCAUCAGCAAGGAGCAAAUCUCAUACGGCAAAGAAUUGGAAUCUCAGCAAAAGCGAAUAGAUAAGCUUAUUGCAGACGGAGCAGACGAGGCUGAUGUCCGCAAACAAAAAGAAGUAUUGGAGGAGACAGUACAGAUGAUACCUGACGUGAAACGUCGAUUGGCUGCUGCUGUUCAGGAACUCAGUACAAUGGUGGCAGAUUCAAAGUAUGCUGGCAGUGGCGAAUUGGAAGAGGCUCGACAAGUGCUGGAUGGCAUGCAAUGAUAAUAAUAAAAAGAAUUGUCUUGUUCAUUUGGAUGUUUAUUUUUGGCUUACCGUGUGUAACCAUGACCGGAAAUCUGAACAAAAAAAAAUCUUGCUUGACCCCGAUCAUUAUUGAGACGCCUUCUAGCAACUCUUUCUCUCUCUCUCUCUCUCUUGGAUUUGUUCGUUUCAGAAUGCAAGAAGACGGAAGGUCAGACUUGUCCUGUCUGCUCGGCUCCACGCCUUCAGGGCCAACUGAGGAGUCCGUAACUAGUCUGUUGCAAUCCCGCUUCAAACGGGAUCUUCCGUAUACUCGUCUAGGCCAGUCCACUCUGGUCGUUGUCAACCCCUUCAAACCUUUAGAACUUCUGAACGACGCUACCCUGAACUCCUAUGCUGAAGUAGGUUAUCGAGAUGUAUCCGGUCAAACUAUUCAGCUUCAACCCCACGUUUACGACCUAGCUACCCGUGUUUAUUUCCAUAUGCGAAGAAGCGGUGAGGAUCAAAGUAUCAUACUCAGUGGUAUUACCGGUUCGGGAAAGACGACCACCCACUCCCAUCUGCUCAGUGAGCUAUUGUUGCUGUCAACGCAUAGUAAGAAGGAGACCAAGUUACAGCAGCAGAUACACAGUGCGCAGGCCAUCUUGGAUGCUUUUGGCUGUGCUUAUACGUCUCAGAAUGUUUCAGCGUCGAAGUUUGGGAAAUUUCAGGAGCUUCAGUUUAACGAGCGUGGCCGCAUUAUCGGCGCCAAAACCUUAGCCUUUUCGUUUGACAAAUCAAGAACUACCAUUACACCCAAGGAUGAACGCUCCUAUAAUGUCUUUUAUUCACUGCUUGCUGGCACCAAUGUCGAUGAAAAGAAUGUCUUGCACCUCAACUUUGUCCCUGAACAUUUUACCUACCUUGCUCAAUCCAAAUGCAUCAAAGUCCAUGCUGUAGACGAUGAGAUCGCCUUUGGCAACCUCAAGGCAGCGUUCAAAAAGUGUGGUUUCAAAGCCAAAACAGUCAUGCAGAUUUUCCAGGUUUUGUCAGCCAUUCUUCACCUAGGAAAUCUCCAAUUCAUCGAUACCAAAGACGCUGCCAAUGGCACCCAAGAUGCUGCCUCUAUCAAGAAUAUUGAGAGUCUGGAGAUUGUGGCUAGCAUUUUAGGAAUUUCUCCUGCUAAACUAGAAAGUUGUCUCACCUACCAACUCAAGUUUAUUCGAAAAGAGCUUUGUACCGUCUUUUUGAAUGCAAGUGCCGCAGCUGAACAACGAGACGACUUCGCCCAGUCACUGUAUAAAGUACUCUUCCUUUGGAUUGUUGAACAGAUCAAUACCAAGCUUUGCUACACCGAUGCCAACGAACCUGCCAACUUCAUUGCCAUUCUUGAUCAGUUUGGGUUCCAGAAUUUCAGAGCCAAUGGUUUCGAACAGUUCUGCGUAAACUUCUCAAACGAGCGUGUACAACAAUUCAUCAUCAACGAGCGCUUCAACCACAGCAACACGUUGAACGAGAUGAUGGAGAGAGACGGUAUCAAACUUCCUCAAAUUGUGACUAUGGACAAUGCUGGCUGCCUAGAGCUGUUAUGUGGAAAGGAAAAGGACAAUACCCGUGACAAGUCUUCCAACUUGAGUCUGGGAGGUAUCAUUGGUGCCGUUGAUCGGGAAUGUGCUCGUUAUCAAACUGGCGCUACCGAUGCCACCGAUGCCAACUUGCUCCUCUCCCUACAAAAGCAAUAUGGAACCCACCCUUCUUUUGCAAAAUCUGGGCAUGCUUAUCAGUUUGGCAUCAAUCACUUCUCAGGCACUGUUCAUUAUGCUAUGGAUUCCUUCCUGGAUAAGAAUUUGGAUGCGUUGUCCCCUGACUUUGUUAACUUGUUGCGAUCAUCCAGCACCAACAAUUUCGUUUCCAGUCUAUUCCAAAGUGCGGUUGUAGCCACAGAGUCGCACCCCAAAGACGAUCGUACCAUCGUCAAGGCGCAGCUCCCCACCAAACCUGUACGUGCACCUUCUAUGAAGCGUGUCAAGCGUCGACCCACUUUGAACCCAGAAAUGGCGUCAUCUGCUAUCCCAGAAGACCAAGAACUUGACAUUGAGGAAGUUCAGCGACAAAAAGCCAUCAAAGAAGCAGAGGAAGCAUAUCAAAAUAUGCAAGUAACCACUGUAAUGGAUCAAUUGUACAUGACUCUACGGGAUUUGUUCAUGACUAUGUCAGAGACCCAACUUUACAAUGUUAUUCAUUUGCGGCCUAAUGAUGUUCAAGCUCCCGAUCAAUUCGAUACCAAACGCAUCAAGACGCAAAUUCGUUCCUUCUUGAUACCAGACCUGAUUCAUCGUUGCUGUCCUCGUGACUUUGCAAAUUAUUAUACCUUUGGCGACUUCCUUGUUCGUUAUGAAAAUCUCGUUGCAGGAUUACAAAUAGAUACCACCCGAACAGAGCAAAGCCAAGUUGAAGCCAUUUGUGCUUCCAUGGGCUGGAUUGAAACUCAAGCUUUUGUUGGACAUGAAAUGAUCUGGCUAGACUUUUCAACUUGGAAAGUGUUGGAGGACGGUCUGCGUGCUGCAGAGAAGGAAGAACGACAAAAAGCCAAAUCUGUAUCCGGACAAACCGAAGCUCAGUAUUUAUCGGCGGAAAAUAGACCUCGUAUGGCCUCUCACCACUCUACUGGUAGUCAGGAUCGAUUACUUCCUCCCAAUCGUGCCUUUGUUGAAGGCGCUGCGGCUGGUGCUGCUGUUGGUUCUUUUUACGAUGAUAGUGCCAGCUAUAUGGAUAGCGAAGACGAAUUUGCUAAUUCAGCCAGAAAGCGUGCUGAAGGCAGUCAAUGGGGUGAAGAAUCAGACUGGGGCGGCAAAGAACUUGCCGAUGCAUUUGGCCCUAAUCGUGAUAUGAGCAAAAUGAUCGAAGAUUACAGAUACCAUCAAGAAGAACACGUUGAGGAAGUCCCUAUUACUGCAACGCGGAUAUGGUGGGUCCGAUUUGUUUGGUUAAUGACCUUCUGGAUACCUACUCCAUUCCUACGAUGGUUCGGCAAAAUGAAGCGCGAAGACGUACAAAUGGCCUGGCGCGAAAAAGUCACUAUCUGUCUCCUUAUCUUCUUUUUCUCGGGUGUUGUUCUCUUUUUCAUUGUUGGUCUUAGUCCAAUUCUUUGCCCUGGUACAAGUACACUCUACUCAUCUACGGAUGUUGGUAAUCAUAAUCAAGCAACGGAUUUCUAUGUCAGUAUUGCCGGUAAAGUUUGGGAUAUCACCACUUGGAUUCCUGGCCAUACUAGUCACGGUGGCUCCGCCCAUCCUACUGCUAUCUCGGACAUGGCGUCCAUGGCCGGUACCGAUAUCUCAUAUACCUUCCCUCCCCCAAUGACUCAAGCAUGCCCUGGUCUUGUCACGAGCGAUACCGUCAAGGUUACUCCCAAUACUAGUGUUGUUUUGGGGUCUUUUGUACACACCUCUGGCAGUCAGCAAACAGAAGUGACUUUGACCACCCUCACCUCGGAAACUUGGUAUUUCCAAAGCUUUUUGCCUGAGUUCAACAAGGACUAUUUGAAGGGAGAUCUCGUUCACAAAGUUCAGGACCUUAACAGUGAUUUCAACUCAUGGUCUCGAUUGGCUGGCAUCAUUAACGGCAAAGUGUAUGAUAUCACGGAUUACAUGACAACGGCAGCAACUUGGCCAACGGGUAUUGCUGGAGUCCCCAACUAUCAUUAUCUUGACAGCACUGUUGAAGGCAUCUUCCAAAAGUUCGGCGGAGGUGAUAUGACGGAUGCAUGGAACAAGUACACAGCAGGCAUGAAUGCGACAUAUAGAGCACAGAAUCUGAACUGCCUUGACAAUGCCUUCUACAUUGGCCGUGUGGAUUACCGUGAGGACCUCCGUUGUGUCUUUGCCAACUACCUACUCCUUGCCUUUGCUUUGGUCAUGUGUUCCACGAUUCUUGUCAAGUUUUUGGCUGCUCUACAAUUCGGUGGUAAGCCUACACCAGAAGACCACGACAAGUUUGUCAUUUGUCAAGUUCCUUGUUACACUGAAGGUGAAGAAUCCAUCAAGAAAACCAUUGACUCUUUGACAGCUAUGACUUACGAUGAUAAGCGCAAAUUGCUCUUCAUCAUUGCCGAUGGUAUGGUUAUGGGAAGUGGAAACGACCGUCCUACACCACGUAUUGUGCUCGAUGUUCUCGGCCAUGACCCUAAAUUGGAUCCUGAGCCACUCAUGUUCAAGUCGAUUGGUGAAGGUAGCAAACAGCUUAACUAUGGUAAAGUUUACUCUGGUCUCUACGAAUUUGAAGGUCACGUCGUUCCCUACAUUGUGGUCGUCAAGGUCGGCAAGGCGUCUGAGCGCUCCAAACCUGGUAACCGUGGUAAACGUGACUCGCAAAUCAUCUGUAUGAACUUCUUGAACAAAGUCCACUUUGAAGCCGAAAUGACACCUCUGGAAUUGGAAAUCUAUCACCAAAUGAAAAAUGUCAUUGGUGUUAAUCCAAGCUUUUACGAAUAUGUUCUGAUGGUGGAUUCGGAUACGGAAGUCGAACCCGAUGCUCUGACUCGUAUGGUUUCUUGCAUGUUGCACGAUGGCCGUGUCAUUGGUCUCUGUGGCGAAACAAAACUGGUUAAUGAAGAUAACAGCUGGACUACCAUGAUUCAGGUCUACGAAUACUAUAUUUCUCAUCAUUUGUCAAAGGCUUUCGAAUCUCUUUUCGGAUCCGUCACGUGUCUUCCUGGAUGCUUCUGCAUGUACCGAAUUCGCACUCCCACGAAAAACACACCCUUGAUCAUUUCACCCAAGGUUAUUAAGGAAUACUCAGACAAUCAGGUCGACACUCUGCACAAGAAGAAUUUGUUGCAUCUGGGUGAAGACAGAUACCUCACUACCCUCAUGAUGAAACACUUCCCGCAAUACAAGAUGAAGUUCACUCCACAUGCCCAAUGUAAAACUGUGGCUCCCGAUCGUUGGAAGGUGUUGCUCUCUCAACGUCGUCGCUGGAUUAACUCUACGGUGCACAACUUUUUGGAAUUGGUCUUCUUGCCUGAGCUCUGCGGUUUUUGCUGUUUCUCCAUGCGAUUUGUGGUUAUCCUUGAUUUGAUCGGUACCAUGACCCUUCCUGUGAGUGUGGUGUAUUUGGUGUAUCUCAUCUAUGUCAUCGCAUCUGGUACUGGACCAUUCCCCAAAAUUGCUCUCAUCAUGCUGGCUGGUAUCUAUGCACUGCAGGCUAUCAUUUUCAUCUUGAAGCGACAAUGGCAGUACAUCGGAUGGAUGGUCAUCUAUAUUCUUGCUAUACCCAUUUUCUCCUUCUUCAUUCCAAUCUAUUCCUUCUGGCACUUUGACGAUUUCUCAUGGGGUAAUACUCGUGUGGUUAUUGGUGAUAACAAGAAGAAGCAGAUUUAUGUUGCGGAUGACGAAAAGUUUGACGACAAGAUGAUCCCCCUCAAGAAAUGGAGUACCUAUGAACAAGAGUUGUGGGAGCUGGCUUCUAGCCGAUCGGGUGAAACUGGCAUAACGCAACAGACGUAUCGCAGCCACCCAACUUUGUACAGUCGUGGACCCGCCGGAACUGUUUACAGUAGCCAUCAGGGGGCUGGAAGUCAAGAGAACUUUGACUACUACCGCGAUACCAAUCCUAUUAAUUCCGAAAAACGGGGUCGAUCUGGCAGCCCAAUGAAUCCCGGUGGACCUGGUAGUCGCUAUGCCGGAAGCGUUAUGCAAGAAGGAUCGGUGUAUGGAGAUUAUAUGAGACCGAAUGCAUCAUCUCGUGCUUACUCUGUCAAUCAGGAUUAUGAUAUGAUGCAAGGCGGCCGUAUGACCCCGGCAGCUAUGAGUGAAUACGACAUGGUUCCGCCCUCGAGACCUAUGAGUCAAUACUCCAUGCCCAUGUCCACCUUGAGCCAGUCAGCCAGCAAUACUCCACCUGGGUUCCCUAGAGACGCUGAAAUCAUUGCUGAAAUUAAAAACAUAUUAGCUACUGCUAAUCUGAUGAGCAUCACUAAAAAACAAGUUCGUGAACAACUCUCUGCUUUCUUUGGUUUUGACUUGAACCCUAAGAAAGAAUUCAUCAACACCUCCAUCGAAUACAUCCUCCAAGGACGUUUGUAAAUGACAAUUCAACACAAAAAACAAGCAUGGGUGACCCUGUCGCUGCCCACUAUCAAGCAAGUUAAAAUGAAAAAAAAAAGAACCAAAAACGUGCUAAACCUCAAUUACACAUUGCAUUACACCCUUUUUCCCAUUUCAAGUCAAAGUCACUUCCAAUAGAAAGAAAAACCCUCAAGUCAUCUACACUAUUUUGCCCUAUUCCUUCCCAGUUUAUUCCUUCUUAUAUUGUUAUUUUCCUCAUAUUCGUACAUAACGACAUUGACUGAUGAAUCGUAAAAAGUCAAAUCAAUAAAGCCGGAGUUGCGGUCAAUUUGGCAGAUCGGUUCCCCGACAAACAUCACUUUUUCUAAGAGG